CGCCGUCGCCUUCUGGCCACAUGGUUGCCACUGUCAUCGUCUACUUUAACCCAGCCAAGACCAUUGGCGCGAUGUUUGACGCGGACACGUACUGUCUAAUGGGCGUGCUAUAUGCAACCUUUGUCUCUCUGGGAAGCAUGUCCAUGUAUUGGUUUUUUGAGGUUCAGCCUGGAUGGGAAUGGCUCGCCGACUUGCUGGUCAUUCUGUGGAUUGGUAUAGGCAUGUCCACCAUGGCCUACAUGAAAAUGUGGAUGGGCCAGCCUUCGUUCAACACCGCUUGUAGCAUGACCUCCAUUAUCCUGUUUAUUGUAGUUGUUAAGGAAGGUGGGCUCGAGACGCUCCUUCAAGUGUGCUUUAUCGUUUUGGUUGGCUCGAUCGUCACGAACCUCAUCUGCUUCACCUUUUGGCCACAACGCGCAACACGUAACCUACAACGGACGAUGACACAGACGCUCGACUCCUUCGCGACCCUGCUCACGAUGAUCACACAGACGUUCCUGCUCGAAGAACCGCUCUUACUCGUGAGCCAAGCCGCUCUUGACAAAGCUGCAAAAGACCACCAGAAUAGCUUCACGAAGCUCAAGAAGGACCUCUCCGAGGCACAAAGCGAGCGCUUUUUCGGCGGACCCGGAAAGCCAGAGGCAACAUUCACCGCCGCAACACUCGGUCUCGCAGACGGUUCUCCCCGUGCACACCUCGGCCAGGCAUACGAGGACGCAGUCGGUAGCCUGAACCGGCUCGGCCAGCAUUUGAAUGGCUUGCGCAGCGGCAUCAGCGUGCAAUAUGAGCUUGUCAAGGCGAGCAGGGACGGGCGCCUCCGGCUCAGGAACAUGUCGAGUAGGCGAGCGGGGUCUCGUGGUACGCGCACGAGCUCGACCAUGACGUCGGAUGGUAGCAACGGAAAGGGCAAGUCGGUCGACCUGAACGGCAUCGGGGCGGCGGAUGGUGCUGCCGACGAUGAUUCAGCAUUAUUGCAAGCAGCGGCCGAUGCGUUUGGAGACCUGAUAGAAGACCUCGGGCCGCCUCUCAAAGCGCUCUCUACGGCCUGUACGUCUAGCCUGAAGCGCCUGCGAGAGGUGUUCAACGGUCCGCAACAGAAGACGCUGAAAGAGCUCAAACCAGAAGAAUUCCACGACUUGGUAGAUCACCUCCAGCGCGCUCUGUUCACCUUCGAAAGUACCUCGAACCAUGCAGUACUUAGGCUGUAUCGGAAGGGCGUGGGCGGCGCGGCUGUCAAAGAGUCUGUCGAGUCUCUACAGAGUGCCGGCAACGAUAACUCUAUGCUCAUGGGCUCAGAUAGCGAGAGCAUCUUCCUAGUUUACUUCUUUUUCUUCACGCUGCAGGAGUUCACCAAGGAGUUGAUCUCGCUCGCCGACGCUAUGAGCCGAAUAUGCAACAUUCAACGCGAGACGGGCUGGCGAAGGCUGCUGCGACCAUGGUACUACGUAGAGCGCAAGUUCAGACAUCUGCGCUACACGACGAACGAGAAGAGGAAUAGCACCUUGAGGAAGAGACUGUCUGCGUUUUUCUUACCCGACCCCGUACACAAAGCGGUUGUGUUCCCCAAGAUUAGGCCACACGCACCGAACACCAAGCAGACACCGGCGCCCGAGGACCUGUCCUUCUUCGAGCGCAUCGGACAGUCGCUCUGGUCUCUUGGUGACAGGCUCAGACAAAACGACAUGCGCUACGCGAUCAAAGCGGGCAUGGCGACUGCUAUACUGGCCGCCCCCGCUUUCUUCGAAACGACGAGGCCCAUCUUUGUCGAGUAUAGAGGGGAGUGGGCUCUUAUAUCGUUCUUUGUAGUGAUAUCUCCCACGAUAGGAGCGACCAACUUCCUAGGAUUACAUCGUAUUCUCGGUACACUGUUCGGAGCGGCAACCUCCGUGGCAAUAUGGACAGCAUUCCCAGAAAACCCAUACGUUCUCUCGAUCUUCGGCUUCUUCUUCUCGAUACCAUGCUUCUACUACAUUGUCGCCCGCCCCGAGUAUGCGACGUCUGCACGCUUUGUGCUAUUGACGCACAAUUUGACAUGUCUGUAUAGCUAUAACAUCCGCCAAAAGGACGUUGCUAUUAUCGACAUAGCCUUCCAUCGUGCGACUGCAGUCAUUGUUGGCGUCGUCUGGGCCGCCAUCGUCUCUCGGUGGUGGUGGCCGAUCGAGGCCAGGAGGGAGCUGGGCAGGGCCCUCGGCGACUUCUGCCUCAACAUUGGCUGGCUAUACACUCGCCUCGUUGCCUUCAACUCAUGGGAGAAUGCCAUACCUGCCAUCGGCAGGAUCGAGGGUGCCGAACCGACAGAGAUGACGUGGCUCCUUGCGGGCCCAUCGCAACCAAAUGAGCCCGUCCUUGAGUUUAUGGCUAUGGAAUUACACCUGCAGAUCAAGCUCAUCGAGUUGCAGGGUCUACUCGCUCAGACACAGCACGAACCGCGUCUUAAGGGCCCUUUUCCGGUGAAGCUCUACCGGUCGAUGCUCACAAGUUUACAAACGAUCCUCGACAAGAUGCACAGCAUGCGCUGCGUAACCUCUCGCGAAGAAUGGCACACAACUGUCCGCCGCGACUUCAUCACUCCGACAGACAAAACCAGGCGCGAGAUGGUCGGGAACGUGAUUCUUUACUUUUCGACACUCGCUGCAGCGUUCCGGCUCAAGUCGCCGUUGCCGCCGUACCUGCCCCCAGCCGAAAACGCGCGGCGCCGUCUGGUGGACUCUAUCAGGCAGCUCGACGUCGUAAAGAACAGGGACAUCAAAGGCUCGCGUCAGCUGCUGUUCUUUGCCUAUGCGAUCACCAUGCGCGGCGUCAUUCAGGAACUAGACUACCUUGGGCGAACGUUGCAGGAGACCUUCGGUGUUAUCGGGGACAGCACAGAGGCAUUCGAGGCGCUUUUCCGCGAGACUGCACACGAGAUAGCGUGAGAUGCUUUUGUAAACAAUUCUACUUAUACCGUAAUUUUAGAACACUGCUCUGC